AUGGGUUAUCCUCCUCAAAAUUAGAUGUAUUAUUAGUAGCCUUAAAUGCCUUAUCCUCCUUAAAUGCCCAUGUUUGAUCCAUAUUAAUAAACAUAAUUUGAAUAUACUAACGAAAUGGGAUUUCAACCUCAAAUAAAUAUUCCAUUAAACUAAAUUCAAGAAGAAAAAGAAUAAGUAUUCAUUAACCAAGAAAAUAGAAACAACUAAACUCAAAAUUCAGGUUUGAGCCAAUAAAUGUAAUAAACAAUUAAAUAGAGCUUUAAUUAUAAAAAUAUGCCUGCCCCUCCUCCACCUCCUCCAGAAAUGAUAAAAGCGUUAACCUAAUUAAUUGAAGCUAGUGAAAAUUAAUAAGCUUCUCUUUAGCAAUAGACUUAACUGAUGCCUAUACCAUAAUUUCCUACUUUAGUUCCCUAGAGUAUGGUCAAAUCAAGCAACAAAAUACAAUUAACAAGACAUAUCUAUAAAAAUUAAAACACUCCUGAUGAACCUUUAAAUCCAAAAUUUAUAAAACCUAGUAAAUGA